AAAGCGUCCUUAUCUGGAGAGCUCUGGAUUCCAGAGAUCAAAGUCCGGGACUCGCUUCAGCCUUCCUUUUCUCUUCCUCUACUAUUGACUUCCUUCGGUUUUCCUGGAGCCAUAGUGUUUGCUAAGCCAGGGCUUCUCUGUGUUCCUCAGCACAGAGGGGCUGACCGACAGUUCUCUGUGUGAUUGCUGCAAUCUUGAACAUCUUGUCAUGUUAGAAGUGGCUGCAAGUUUUUUUUCCUGUUAGGUUCUGUGACAUGUUUGCUGGCAUCGGUUUGUUAGUAUGUGCCAGAGACCGGUGGCCUUUUAGACCCUACCAUAGCUGUGCUGGAGGGUCUACAGCUGUGCAGGAGGCUUAGCACUGAUAUGAGCCAUCAGAGAUCCCUGCCUUCUGUGUGCCAAGGACUGUGCACUGGCAUCUCCAAUGCCCAGAGUGAUCACACCAUGGAGGUGUGUGUGUAAUAAUCACUAUCUUACAGAUGAGGAAACUGAGGCUCCUGAAGCCGCAGAGCCCAGGAGUGCUCCUGCUAAUGAGCCCACUGUGUGUUUUUGGGGCGCUCCUAGGACACUUCCUGUCUAGGCUCCCCUGCACUUCUGUUUGGAAGUGGGGGUGCCCAGGGUGACGUGGUACCUUCUUGUCUGUAAGAGCAGUCACCCAGCUGGCCUGAAGGGGCCAGCCUGAGCUGCUUGUGGUACUUGGCUCAGCCCUGCCUUGGCAGGAUGAUGGUCCUCUUCUUGAGGAAGUACUUACUUAGGGCUGUGGGCAUGGCUGCUCUCUGACUUUGAGGGAGACUUGCUGGCCCUUCAUCUUUCCUUCCUUUUCAUCCCUUCUUCUCCCUCUGGAGUGCCGAGGCUGGGUCCCAAAGACCCCAACAGAGGACCACAGGCUGUGCGCUAUAACCUGGACUCGCUGUUCUUUCACUCCGAUGACAUCAUUUUUUUUUAAUGUCCAGUCAUCUCUAAUGCAGUUUCAUUUGGCAGAUCUCAAGAGCUUAUAUUUUGAUAGCAAGAAAGAAAAAUUACCAGGUAGAACAAGUUCUGGAAGGAUUUAUACUGAAUGGUAACACUACAUUUCUGGAUUAGGAUUAGUAGUACUUUGUUUUUAUUUUGUAACUUUUGGGUCUCACUGUGUUUUCUCAUUUCUUUUAAAGAUAGGAACCUUUGAGUAACAACACCUUUUAAAGACUCUGAUUCUCAGCGCUGCAGUAGCGCCUCUCUUGUUCGGCAUCGUUUAUUUUGUGAAUUUCUGGCACUGCAAGUAGUGAUUUUUGGGUUGAUUCAUUCAGUAACUGUUGGUGUGCCUACCGUGCCUCCGGCACUGUGCUAGGAAUCCCUGCUUGGUAGAGGGAUUAGCGGGGAAGAAACUGUGAUUAAUCUCAUAAAGGUAGGCCAAGGAGAGGAGGUGGCAGAACCCGGUGGGCAGGCCCAAGGGGGGCUUUCCCUAACGGGUGGACUGGGUGAAGAGAAGAAGGGAGAGUGAUUAUGCAGAGAGAGCUUGGGCUGGGAGAAGACCUUUGUGGUUGGAGCAGAGGGAGUAGGGUUUAGGAUUUUCCCUGAGAGCCUGGGGUGUCGCUGAAGGGGGAUGCAGGGAUGCGGAGGCUUUGCAGCAGAACCUUGCUGGGUUUGGGAAAGCGGGGGAUGGAGUCUGGUGUGCAUGGAGGCCCCGUGUGCAGAGUAAGACUUGCUCCAUAGGCUUUUCAAGGCUGUGACCUUGCAGAAGCAGAUCAUCAGGCUCAUCUUCCAAGAUGGUUCUGGAUGGCCUCAAACCGCUAGCCUUUCUGCUAGUUGUUGAGUGCUUAAUCGUUUCGGUUGCCCAGGGACUCCAGAGGAUGUGGCAAAGCAGAGGAGCUGCUCUGAAGAGUGCCAGUGUUUUCUCAUGUCCAUUCUCUGGGGAGAAAAUUAAGAACAUUCUGCAGAGUCUGGGCUAUGUCAGUUCCCAACAGAAGCAAAACUUCGUGCCCUUAUCCUUGAGUUCAGGUGAACGGCCAGCACACAGUGGCCUAAGAGCCAGGCACCUGGGUUCUCAUCCGGAGGACUUCCUGCAUGGAUGGCGGUGUUUCUGUGCUGUCACAUGGGAGGGCAGGGUGUUUUUUUUUUCUAGACUUUCCCCCCUCCUGAUGAUUUAGUUAGUUCAUGCUUGUAGAAAACUGAGGCAGAGAAAGGACAGUUUGAAGCAGCAGCAGGUCAGUGGGUGAAUGUUUGUGAGCAGUCGCUAUGGGAUGUCUAGGAUCGUGGGGUUUUUGAGGAGCAGUUGUCAGCUGGGAAGAAUGUGGAACCAGAAGAACAGGUCGGCGGUGCCACGUUCUGUCUGAUAGAACUGCCGCCUGUAAGUAUGGUCACUCUUUGGAGCAGAUGUUCUUGAGUUGCUUGCAGUUUUAGCAGGCAAGUGAAACGGCCUCUCAGUGUGCAUCUGCUCAGGUAACUAAAAGCUUCAUGUUAAUAGUGAGCCUACACUCUUGUAUUGAGUGAGGGACAGUGUUUUAAGAAGGUUGAGAUAAAAAGAAAAGGUUCUGGGUUCCAUGUGGUGGCCAAGAGGUGGAAGCAGUGAGGCUGAGGAGCGAGGUCAAGGUGGUGGCCAUGGAGUGACUGGGCACCUUGUGGUGACCAGUGCUGUGGAGUAAUUGGCCACCCCAGGUCCUGCAUGCCACAAUUUCGGCACACAGGAUCCAGGACUUACUAGUGGAGACUGUGGGCUGCUUGUCUCCCCUCACUCUCCAGGCUGUAUGUAUGACCUCUUUUCUUUUUGUUUGAUGAAAAUGUAGGUUAGUGUUUUAGAAGAUAAAAGAACUUCUUCAAGUAGAAUACCUACAGGUCGCCUUAGGAAGCGGGGGUGGGGGAGAGGGUCUUUAGCACCGGUCCACCCAGCCCUGCACCUCCCUGCUCUUCUCUGCUUGGAAGUGCCCCUGCUUCACCAGUGAGGGUUCUUCAGGGGACUUGCCUUCCUGUUCCUGACCCUCCUUCCAGGGUACCUUGUGUAAAACCACUGAAGACAUGAGCCCUGUUGACACGGCGGAGGCCAAUGUUUGGGGUGGAUGUGCUCUCAGACAAGUGAGUGCCCAAAAGGCAUGCUGUUGAGAGGAGUUUGGGGGCAGGUUUGAGUUCCUAGGAUUCAGAUUGGCCUCAGUUGGGUGUGAUAGAACUGGAGGGAGGGGUGUGGUCGCAGGGGCCUUAGUAGGCCGGGAUUAUAAGAGGUCUGAGCUUGUUUGAGGUGAAGAAUUUUUCAACCUCACCUGUAGCUCUGCCUGCAGACCCCACCACCCUCUCACUGGCCUUGCUGGCUGUGUCAUUUAGCUUGACCCUCCAGACUUCACGCUCCCUCAGGGAGGUGAUGUCUGUGAGCUCACUUAAACGACAUCCUGCUCCUCAGCACAGGCCGGCUAGUGCCACUGGCCACAUGAGGCCAUGCACCUGCCACCCAGCAGGUCCCGUGUGGCCAGUGAGGCUAGUCUGGCUCAGGUGGCCAGGUGGUAUGCUCUGCUGAGUCUCACGCUAUUUCCCGUUUCUAAAAGGGGUGAUGAGAACCUUCUCAGGAGGCUGUGUUGGGAUCUGGGUCUCAGCACGGAGCCUGGCUGCAGUGUGUGACCAGUAGAUUGUGCUGUUGUGACUUCCAGACGAGGGGCCAGAGCAAAUAACAGGAGGGACCGUGCCACCAUACGUGCAGAGUCCCUUCGUGCCCUCCACUGCCACUUGGCCGCAUCUCAGCUCUAUGGAUUGGCCCUUGUACCCAUGGAAGAUGGCAUGCUCCUCCAGCGUGUGUCCUUGCCAGGGUCCCCUGCUGACUCGUCUGCUGAGGGGCUCACUUGACCUCUGAUUCUAGAUCCUCCACCUGAAGGAAGGGACAGCCUCUUCCACCCUUGGCUUGCUGACACUGAUGUCCUGAUUUUCUGGGGCUACUCUUGAGACCAGGAGGGGUAGCCAAGAGCUGGCUCCUGGCCUGGGCAGGAAGCAGGUCUCCUGCUUGUGCCCACCUGACUGGCCCUAACCUGGUCCCCCUUCCAGACUCAUAGCUCAUGUGACUCUGGAGGUGGACAGACAGGCUUUUCCGUGACCACCACUUCCUCGCUCUUCAACCUUGGGCAGGUCGCCUCAGUGUUCUCAUCUGUGAAAUGGGGGCAGUAUUUUUGGCUUCAGAAUGUCUGUGAGGAUGAGUGGGAAACCUUUGUAGGUAGUUGGGUUGUCCCACCCCCUGUGCCUCCGUCCACCAGGGGCUGCUCCCCCACACCUCAGCUGCGGAACAGGGAGACACUCAGGCUGAAAAGGAGUUUUAUGACAUAGUCCCACCAUAGCCUAAUGAUUUGAAGGUCGCUGUUGGGAGAUCUCACCUGAAAAGGUCAGUCAAGUUACCCAGAAGGAAGGUGAAAACCUGUGCAUAUAAACCAAACGUAAAUUUCCUUCGUUUGCAGUACUUCUUUGCGACUAGCCCUUGAGUCAGUGGCUGUUUGACUAGAUUUAAGACACUUCACUUUAGAGAGGUUGCUCAGCAUGACCUUGAGGGGAGCAGGUUCCAGGCCCCAUUCCCAUCAUUGAGUUACCAGUUGGUGCAUUUUUGUGGCUGUAACAACAGAUAUUUUUCCUGUGUGUUUUGGGCAAGCUCACUCUGCCAGCAAACUCUUGAAAGCUCUUCUCGCUGUGAAUGUCAAGCUUUAUUCACACCUACAGAGAAAGUACGUUUUCCUCAGUUGCUCAGUAGUGGAGCUUUGGGAACAGUGCUAUCUAAGGUGGUAGUCGUGAGCCCCAACUAAUGGUGACCCCACACACAACAGAAUGAAAUGCUGCCCGGUCCUGCACCAUCCCUGUGAUCAGUUGAGGAUCAGACUGUUGUGAUCCAUAGAGUUUUCAUUGGCUGAUUUUUGGAAGUCAAUAGCCAGGCCUCUUUCUUCCUAGUCCAUCUUUGCCUGGAAGCUCUGCUGAAUGCAAACCUCCACUGACAAACACGUGGUGGCUGUGCUUGAGGUGCUUUGGCUGAGAGCGGAACCUGGGCCUCCCACAUGGAAGAGUUGUCUAAUUUUGGCUGAAGUGUGAACUUCAGGAGUGACUUCAGUUCUGAGUUAAACACUGUCUGGGACCAUAGUCUCGGGGGUUCCUCCAGUCUCUGUCAGACCAGCUGGUGAGCACGUUGAUGUGGUUGCCUACGGACACAGCUGCCGCCAUGGCCAACUUGUAGGACCAGUGUCCCUGCGCCAGGAGCCAGUUCAGAAUGACCGAGGAGGCAUGCCGGACCCGAGGCCAGAAGCGGGCGCCUGAGCGGGACCCAGCCGAGGACCAUGCCGAUGGCAAGAGGAUGAAGAUGGACAGAGGGCUGGUGGCCUCAGACUUGACAACGGGGGCCGACACGACAGUGCGGGCUGAGCCAGGCACAGUCCUGGGCCCAGGGCCGCCCAGAGCAGUCGAGACAGGGAGAGUAGGCGAAGGGCAGGUGGCUGAUGGGCCUGUGGACAUGCGCACCUCGCAGAGUGAUGUGAAGGCUGAGAGGAGAGCUCCCUCACCUGAUGUGAUUGUGCUCUCGGAUGGCGAGCAGCCAGCCAGUCCACGGGUGAACGGGCUGAUGAGGGUGGCGCUGAUGGAGACCAGCACCGAGGACCUCAUGAAAAGUAGUCCUGAAGAACGAGAAAGGAUGAUUAAGCAACUAAAAGAAGAGUUAAGAUUAGAAGAAGCAAAACUCGUCUUAUUGAAAAAGUUGCGGCAGAGUCAGAUUCAGAAGGAAACCACUGCCCAGAAACCUGCUGGCUCUUCUGCAAGCUCCGUGACCACACCUCCCCCGCUUGUGCGGGGCACCCAGAACAUUCCUGCUGGCAAGCCGUCGCUACAGGCCUCCUCGGCCCGCAUGCCCGGCAGUGUCAUCCCACCACCCCUGGUCCGCGGUGGACAGCAGGCAUCCUCAAAGCCAGGGCCACAGCCCAACGCCCAGGUCGUCAUGCCUCCGCUUGUCCGUGGGGCCCAGCAAAUCCACAACAUCCGACAGCAUUCCGGAACAGGGCCGCCCCCGCUGCUCCUGGCCCCCAGGGCGUCCGUUCCCAGUGUGCAGAUCCAGGGACAGAGGAUCAUCCAGCAGGGCCUGAUCCGAGUUGCCAACGUGCCCAAUGCUGGUCUGCUUGUCAACAUCCCCCAGGCCUCCCCUGCAUCGCUGAAAGGGACGACAGCCACCUCUGCCCAGACGGGCACCACCACCACGGGCACUGCAGCCGUGGCUGCUCCUGGUGAUUCCCCAGCCAGCCGGCAGGCAGCCGCCAAGCUUGCACUUCGAAAACAGCUGGAGAAGACGCUGCUGGAAAUCCCCCCACCCAAGCCCCCUGCCCCUGAGAUGAGUUUCCUGCCCAGUGCUGCCAAUAACGAGUUUAUCUACCUGGUGGGCCUGGAGGAGGUGGUGAAGAACCUGCUGGAGACUCAAGCAGGCAAGGUGUCGGCCGCCGCAGCACUGCUAUCCCGUGAGCCCUACACGUGUGCACAGUGCAAGACGGACUUCACAUGCCGCUGGCGUGAGGAGAAGGGUGGCGCCAUCAUGUGCGAGACCUGCAUGACCUCCAGCCAGAAGCGGGCCCUCAAGGUGGAGCACACCAGCCGGCUGAAGGCCGCCUUCGUGAAGGCACUACAGCAGGAGCAGGAGAUGGAGCAGCGGCUGCUGCAGCAGGGUACACCCACGCAGGCCAAGGCAGAGCCCACCACUGCACCACACCCCGCACUCAAGCAGGUCAUUAAGCCCCGGCGUAAGGCGGCGUUCCGCUCGGGAGAGGCCCGCACCUGGACUAACGGGGCCGAGCUACAGGCCUCCAGCCAGCUGUCCCGGGGCCCCACCACGACACCCCGCAGCGUCCUGCACACCUUCAGCCAGUCGCCCAAACUGCAGAACACAGCUGCAGCCCUUGCGACCAGGACUGGCAAGCAUUCCGAGAGGGCCAUGGGUGCCAGCAAGGGCAGCGCCACCCCUGGCUGGAAGAAGGCAGCCCUGAGUGCAGGCGGGGCCCUCGCCUUUGUCAGCCCAGGCCUGGCGGUGCACAAAGCGUCCUCGGCCGUCGACCGUCAGCGUGAGUACCUCCUGGACAUGAUCCCGCCACGCUCCAUCCCCCAGUCAGCCACAUGGAAAUAGUGGAGACCCGCCUCCCUCCUCCCUUUCCCCCGCACGGCUGCCUCUGCCGAGAAGGGCUGCGCCGACCUGUCCUCCGCCCGGGAGAUGCCGCUACUGAAUGUGGUUGCUGAAGAAGCAACCUGAGACGCUGCAGACCCUGGGCAGCACUGGGCGAGGAGGACUCCACCUGGAGGGACCGCGCGGCUUUCUUCCUUCCUUUCUUUGCCUUUAGUUUGCCGUCACCAGCAGAAACGUGGACCCGGGGGCUGGUUCUGCAUCGCCCCCUCCCCCAAUCUGGUUCCUGGCAGGCGCAAUCCCCUGGACAUGACACAGCAAGUGAGAGUGGCCACUCCCGGCGCCAAGUGAGUGGCCACUGCUCUGCUUCCCAACCCUGACACCCUCCGUCACGAAGGCCUGUCACUCGAUGUAUCUUUGAAUCACCUCAUGAUGAUGGAGUUGAAGGCAAGCUGUGCAUACCCAGGUCCUGACUGCAGUGUCUGCCCUGCGCCUCAGGGGGCAGGCAGCUGGUAGCCCAAGACUGGACCAGCCCCACAGGAAGCCCUUCGCUGCUGCUCAUCUGAUGACCUUGGGACCCUCGAACUCAGCAGAACAAAAUGAACCCAGGCCCACUGGAGACCAGGGAUCUGGACACACUGCUGCCAAGGAGGGAAGAUGGGCACAGAGCCCAGGAGCUUGGCUGGGAAGCAGGAGAGGGCUGCUGUUUUUGUUUUUUGGUUUAUUUUAUUAAAUUUUCUCUCUUACUUUUCCUACUGAUUUCGAUAGAUGGAAUCAUACGCUAGCCUGACCGUGAAAUAAGUGUCAGGUGCUCGUAACAGGUGUGUCCCGGGUUGGGGCCCGGCCCAGGUGCUUCUCCUGCACCCCCUCCCCGACUUCAGGAUUUCAGUGUGGGUCUAGUCUAGAAACUUUUCCUUACAGUGGGGGUGCUGUCGUGGGUCGUCCUCAGGUUUUUCUACCCUUAGUGUCUACAGAAACGUCUUUAGAAGGAUCAGAUCUGCCCUUAGUUUGUUUUGUUUUUUUCUCCCGGUCUUUAAAGCCAGGCUCCAUGAGGAGAAGUGAAGAUCCAUGUCUGCUGCACACAGCCUCCCCAUGAGGGCAGCCGAGCCCUGGUCCACCCCUGGCUGCAGGUGGAAACUUAAAUUUAAACCCUUACUUUGCAGGGUUCCCUCCUUCAGACACAACUAUUACUGUAAUAAAAGCUCAUGUAACUCUCCUUUCUCAUGUUGUGUGAAUAAUGUCAGUGUUUAGGAAACAUUUUUGACAGCAAGUAGGAGACCUAGUUUUGCAAAAAGUUCUAAUUUUUUGUUGUGUAAAACCCUAAAUUUCUUAAUUGGUUUUGUUUUGAGCACAUCACUUCGAUGAGCCAAGGAGGGGAGGGUGAGGCAGAGUGGCCUUCCUCCCGAGGUCUAGGGAUUUGGGGGAGAGGAGGGAAGUUGAAAUUCAGGAGGGGGGAAAGAGGGUGUGUUUUUACACGCCAAAAUUCAAGAGUAUGCAAGCGUUUCUAUUCCUCGCAUUUUUCUGUGUGCCUGGCAAAUAAAUACCUAUCUUAUUACGACCCUGAGCUGUUGGCCCUCUCUGUUCACGCCACGGGCCAUAUGCUUGGAGUCCUCCCAGAAGGAGAGCCCGAUGGCCCUCCCUUGGGAACAACCAACUUCACGCUAUGCAGAGAAGCGGCAAAGCACCAGGCUGAGGCACCCUGCGUUGGUGGCUCCCAGCAUGCUCCCUGGGUCUGUGACGAGGGCCAGCAGCCCCCUCAGCACCUCGCAUCCUCCAUCGUGCUCAGGAACUAUUGCUCUGAGCCCGUGAGACGUCCCUCCUGGGCUUGGGGCUUGGACAGACCUUGUGAGUUCAAUACAAACUGUGACCCAGCAAGGGAAGGGGCGUCUCAGGUGGAAGGGACGGAUGGCUUGGGGCCUGGCUCUGCCUUCCACCCCCUCAGCCACUCUGAUCAGGGACAACAUACUGUGACUUAACAGUAGCUUUUUUUAAAGGGGCAAGAAUGUAAGACGCCUUAAUCUUUAGUUAAUUUCUACUACCUUGAAAUUCCCACCACCACCCCCUUUUUUCCUUGUUCCCCUUUGCAGUGUAAUUUCUAAGAAGCCCCAGAUCACGGGUGGUUCUGUGAUGAAAUUUAUGAUGAUACAGGACAAGCAUUAAAUACCUCUCUGGAUGGGGGUCUGAACAAGCCAUGGGAAAGGGCAUUGGUUAGCAUUACAGGUGUCAACUGUCUGUGCAGAGCUCACCCCUUGAGACUGCCACGGUCCUUGCUGUCCCCAGGACCCGCAAGGAUGUGGGAGCCUACAAUGACAAGUGACCAAUGAUUGUAACGGUCCCAAAUUACCUGUCACAAACCCCUGGAGGCAACUGGAAACUUAAAAAGUAUUGCCGUGCUAUUUGAGCACAAUUCCUUUCUCACCUGGUUUGAUUUGGGGGGUUGUUACGUACAAGUUUAUGCACGCAUACAUACAUACGUACACGGGUAGACAUGGACCUGCUCGGAGCUCCCACGUUUCUGACCAUCCUGGCUUCAUCAUGGGGUCCCAGUCAGCAGUAUCCCAGUAUCACAAAGUUUAUCUUUGUUAAAGACAUGGGUGGUGAGAGCUACCUUCGGUCCUAUCUGUAUUUCCAGGACAGAGGGGACGAGAGGCAACUCAGACCGCACUGUGCCCUGUGGCUCCUGGUCCCCUCAGGAAUCUUUUUGGCCCACACACGGCUCUCCCGUUGUAUGGAGACACGCAGGGAGGAGUUUUCUAUAUAUGUGUAUAAAUACCUGAUGCAUAGGGAUGUAAAUAACAAAAGGUGGGCCUUGCUGCUCUGCCUCACGGCUUUUCUUUAAUGCCAAGCUAUGCUGUACAGGAUGUUGCUGAAAUAACUUGGACUGAGCUUUUUUAAAAACAGCAAGCAACUUUUAUAUUUCUUUAACAGAAAGUGUAAUAGACAGUUACACUAGUGCAGGGUAUUUAGGGGCCUUGGGGGGAGGCUGUCACUUGUAUUUAUUGUGACUCUAAAUCUUUGAUAAUAAAACAUGUUUUAAAAAAAUGUUUGGCACCAAACCGGAAUAGACAGUUCCAAUAAACAAAGACGCUGGAACCCGAUAACUAUGCGUUGUGAGGUGAUUCUAGAAUCUGAAGGACAAUAAAGAAAUGGACCAUG